AUGGAGUCUGCGUUCCUUGAUGAGUCCUGCCUGAGCGAUGAGUUGAACCACAUAAUGGUUGAGUUCCCCUUAAAGGAUCAGUUUGACUAUCUGCAGAAGCUGCAUUCCUGCUCGAUCACUUAUGAGGGAAGUGCCAGCACCAGCAAGGAGGUGCUCUGCCUGCCGACUCCCCUCACGGGGGAGCACUUUGCCUUUCUGCUCGAGAGGAGGAAGGCAGUUGGUUCAGACUCUACUGAGAGGAGCGCAGCCGUAUCUCUAUGUCCAGACGUAUACGGAAGUUACGUAGCACAAAGUGUAUUCGAUUUAAGUGAUGAUAAAUAUAAGGAACGAUUUACAGACCAAUUUCUUGGACAAACUAAAUACCUAUCUCUACAUACAUAUGGAUGUCGUCUCAUUCAAAAAUCUCUGCAGUCUCUAUGUACCGAAUAUAAGAACAAAAUUUUUAAUCAAUUACAAAAUGAUUUAAUCACAUAUAUUUGUCAUCAAAAUGGGAACCAUGUAAUACAGAAAUGCGUUGAGGUUUUACCAUCCACACAUAUCGAUACUAUUAUAAGUAAUAUUGAGGAGUAUUUGCCUUUUUUAUGUUCACAUGCAUAUGGAUGUCGGAUUGUCCAACGUAUCUACGAAAUUGGGAAUACCAAUCAGAUAAACAGACUUAAUGAAAAGAUCGUUAAGAAAGUACAUUUGAUUAAGAACAGAUAUGGUAAUUAUGUUAUUCAGAAAUGUUUUGAACACUCGGAUGAUACAGUUAGGUUUGCCAUCACUGAUGAGAUUGUCAGCGAUAUAUACAAAUUGUCAUCUCAUAAGUAUGCCUGCAACAUAAUCGAGAAGAUCCUGCUGAAAAAGGAAUACAAAUAUAAGAAAAAAAUCAUCAAGAAAAUUGUGAAUGACAUUUCGGAUGGGAACGACAGCAUCAUCACCAUUUGUAAAGACUGCUACGGAAAUUUUAUGAUGCAGAAACUGCUGACCACGUGCAGGCGGAAAGAAAGGACCCUAAUUGUCAAAACGAUCAUAGAGAACGUCGACAAGCUCAAGGACGAGAC